CGGAAGCAAUCAGUGUAAGCAACAGAGCGCAGCUGUUUCAGUGUUAGAGUGGCAAGAGGCAGCUUCCGUAGCACACUUCUCUCAUAACUCCAGCUUAUAUCUGAUUCCAGGCGCAUUCUCACAGCUUAGUUGCUCUUUACUGACGGCUAGCGCUGUUUCCUGCUGUUUGUGCCCGGUGUUCGGCGCUGUUCCUCGGCUAUUUUCCCUAGCAGCAGGGAUGGUACUGUCAACAUCUCAACAAGUCGCCCUGGCGUUCACGGCGGUGCUCUUCACCUUUGUCGUCCUACCGAGGUUGUUCGGUGUCGGUGGGGGGACAGCGGCGAAGGAAACCAAAUCUGACCAUCGCUACAACAGAAAAGGUCCAGGCCCCGGCGCAUCCAGGGCCCAGCCCAUCAACAUGAGCCCCCCCGGCUCCCAUCAGAGCGCCGACAACAUCCAGCAGAUGAAGAAGCGCCUGGAGCAGGAGAUGAAGAGCGACAAGUACAAGUCCAACAACAACAAAGGCUACGUGUUCACCCUGAUGCCGCUCUACGCCAUCGGAGUGGGCGUGUUUGCGGCAUAUAAGUUUCUGAAGAUCAAGUCUUCAGAUAACAAAACACAGAAGGAUAAGUUUGCUAAGGGGGUCAAAAAGUCAGCGGAGGCAGAGAACCAGUUAAAUGAGCUGGAACAAAGGCUGGCGCAGACGGAGAGGAUGCUCAACUCCAUCCUCACCCAGCUGGACCCGCUCACUAACUGCGUGAAAUCUGUGGCCCAGGAGCAGAAGAACGAGAUCAUGUCUCAGCUGCAGACCAUCCGCUACCUGAUGAAGAAGAGAGGAAUGGACUGUCCGCCGCUGAGCGCCAACGACGUGUCCCGCGGCCGGAACCUGGACGAGCUGAUCGAGUCGAUCGGAGCCAGCCAGACCCCCACGACGGCGGACGCUCAGCCCUCCCCCGACUCCCUGGAGGCUCCAGAGGAAGCUGCUGACGGCAGGGACGAGGCGGCGGCGCAGGGCGACGAGACGAUGGAGCUCCGGCCGGAAGAGUCUGCUGAAGUAGAAGAAGAAGAAGAGGAGGAGGAGGAAGAAGAAGCAGAGGCGGGUGAUAAAGGGGAAGACGAGGUGGAAGACUCGGAGUGUUCUUCAUCAUGCGAGACAAACAUUGAGCAGGUGUGUUCAGAGCAGCCUGGAACCGGCCUCAGGAGGCGCAACAGGCCUGAAUGAACUCUCCACCAGGAGGUAGCGAUGUGACAGUUUACUAGGAAUAUUUAUUAUCUGAAAGGCUUCCACGGCUCACAGUCAUGACAUGAACCGUAAACCUGAAACGGAUCUGUUUGCAUGUUCCUCUCACAAAGGACAGCAAAGAGCUGCUGCUGGAGGAUUAUGAGCCAAGCUAGGCUAGCUAGAGAUGAAAUGCGUUUCUAGAUCUCAGUGUUCUCCAGACGAAUGACUAAAAAUUAGAAUGUAAUCAAAAAGAUAAUUUGGUAAAACAAACAAAAAUAAAGAUUCAUUUACACGCAGUGGUACAUUUAAAGGGUUUAUUUCUGUUUGUUUUGGGGAUUGUGGCUUUCAGCUAAUGAAAACCUGAAAUACAGCUAAUUAUCAGAUUGAAUUAUUUUCUUACGCCCAGCCAGACUGUCAUUUCCUGAAAACACACAAAAAAGAAAAACCUGGUAAAAGUGCACACGGGGUCAGUGCAACCCCUGCCUGACCACACACCGGGUAACGAGCUUGUGGGGUCCUAAUGUUAUCUUAAGACUGCAGGAGGGUUAAAAGGUCACGUGCCUCUUUGUAUUUUUUUUCCUACAGUUUUUCAUCCCACUCAACCUUCUAAUAAUGCGCUUUGUACAGGCUGUAAGAUAUUUGCCGGCAUUUGUUGUUCAAUGCAGAAUUAAGUGGAGUUUCUUUUAGGUAAAGAGGGGAUAAAACCCUCAAAGAACCUUGAAUUAUGAGUCACAACAGUUAAUUUCCUUUCGGGAUCAGUGUGGUGGUCCAGCUUAGAUGUUUCGAUGACAACAUUGCACUGAUUUUAUUUAAUUCAAGCAGGGGGAAUGAUGACGAAGUUUGCAGCAGCUGGAAGCCAUAAUCGGCAAAAUAAAUCAUGCACUUUUUAAAGAUAUUUCCGACCUGAGAUGCACCUGCACUGUAAUAAGACCAGCAAUGCAGACUAUAUUCCACAGACAUCGCAAUUUAUCUAAAGAUAUUAACACCUGUGUGUUCUUGAGAGCCAUUUUCUCCAUAAGACAGAUAAGGGCAGGGAGGGGUUUUAAGGGUUUAUAGAGCAGCAUUUGUUUGUCCGUGUGAAGGUCAUGCAAACAGAGCCGCCUGAACUUCACUUUUUUUUCCACCUCUUGUCGUCCGUUUUCUUUUCAGAACUGUCUGAAUGUUGAAGCCGAACUGUUACAUAGAAGCUUAGUGUUUCCUUGCCUCGUUGAACACCUCUCAGCUCCAACAGCAGCAGCCUAACCCUGCAGACAGACACCCAAGUUGUACAGAAGUACGAGUAAUGCAGCCCUCCCCCAACCUGUUGCUGUCCGCGAGCUGAGAGAAGGAUCCUACACCUUUCAAUGGAUUUGUUUUCUCUUUUUGCACAUUUAAGUACUUUAUUUUUUUCCCCCCUGAAGAGACUGAUGCUGCUGGAUGCUGUUUAGAUUGCAAUCCUAUAAAGAAGUGAACUUUAGCUUGUGGUGCGAUGGACGUCCAGCGUAACUGCAUGGGGUUUCCUUUAGUUUAUAUGUUCAGAGUGAAACCGCAUGAACCGACAAUCAUUUAGCCUGCUACAGACACACGGUGUCGCGUCUUCUUUAAACUCCUAUUUACAACAGUUACCACUCUGCCUUAGCAUCCCAUUAUUAUUAUUAUGUGAAAAAUUACACUAAAAUACAACGCCAUAUUAGGGUCACUGCAGUGAGGGAAUGAGUACAUUCUGGAAAAAACAAGAUCAUUUCUGAGUUUGAAAAGUCCAAAGUUAGAACUUAUCUUUGCAAAAAAUUUGGAAAUUUUCAGAGUUUAAUAUGAAAAUUAGCAAAUUUUCUGCUUUUCCAAUUCAGAAAUAUUCUUGUUUUUGGUAGGAAUUUUGAAACGGAACAUUUUCAAAAGUCAAAUCUUUGACUGUUGAAACUCCUUCUCAAAUUUGAGAUUGAUCUCAAAGUCCGAGUUUGAUCAUUUUUAGCAAAUAUUUCACUUUACGAGCUCAGAAAUGUCCUUGUUUUUCUAGCACAUUUUUACCCUUUCAAACUCAGAAUUUUACUUUUUUUAAAUAGAAAGUUUGAAACUUGGAUAAUUUCAACUGUUAAAAAUGUUUGAUUUUUGAAACUCAGAAAUUUCCUAGUUUUUUUUUUCCCUAGAAAAUUUCUAAGAUUAAUCUCAAAAUGUCCAAGUGUUUUUGGCAGACAUUAUGAUUUUUUUCUAUCUACAAUGGCCCUAAUAUCUGAUGUUUUAAUAUGCUACACUAAAUAACACUUAUUUGUUUAUUUAUUUAUUGUCUUUAAAGUGAGCAUGAGUGACUAUACUUAUUGAUUUCAGCUGCCUGGGUUAGCCUUGUUGCUGAAUCAGAUGUCGAAAUCUGGUGGAUUGUGUUGAAUUGAACACAGAUUAACAGGUUUAACUUUUUUUGUUGUUGUUGUUGUUCAUUACAAUUGAAUAUUAAAACCAAAGCAUUUUAUUCCUGAGCUGUCCACCCCUGGGCCGGGUGGCGAAUUCGGAAAGCUGAUCUUUCACAGCUCACAAAGAAGAAGUUUGCCUUAUUUUGCCACUGUUUUCGUCCCGUAUUUCCCAUGUGUGCAUUGGUAAAGCCUGUGAGAUUGUUCCAUGUUGCGGCUGAGCGGACAAACUCGGCUUGCCUUGGGAGGAAAUAAAAUUG